CAUAAAAAUCAUUCGUUUCUCCCAACUCCGAAAAAAUAAUCGUCCCCUGUUUGCAACUCUCUCGGCCAUGGCAGCAGCGGCGGCGCAGAGGCUUCUUGCGGCGAGCACGAAGAUCGUCGGGGCCGGGCGCAACUACAUCUCCCAUGCCAAGGAUCUCGGCAACCCUGUCCUCAAGGAACCCGUCCUGUUCCUGAAGCCCACGUCGUCAUUCCUCCACGCCGGCCCGACGGCCGGCCCCAUCGAGGUGCCCGAGCCGCUCGAGUCGCUGCACCACGAGGUCGAGCUCGCCGUCGUCAUCUCCCGGCGCGCGCGCGAUGUCCCCGAGGCCUCCGCCAUGGAUUUCGUCGGAGGUUAUGCACUUGCUUUGGACAUGUCAUCAAACGAUCUGCAAUCAGCUUCUAAGUCUGCAGGUCUUCCUUGGACUUUGGGUAAAGUACAGGACACCUUUACUCCAAUUAGUGCGGUGGUUCCGAAAUCAGCGAUCGCUAAUCCCUAUGACCUAGAACUGUGGCUAAAGGUAGAUGGUGAACUUAGGCAGAAGGGACUUACAAGUGAUAUGAUAUUCAAGAUUCCUUUUCUAAUCAGUUAUAUCAGUUCCAUCAUGACAUUAAUGGAGGGCGAUGUGAUAUUAACUGGUACUCCUCCCGAUGGCGUUGGUCCUGUCCGAGUAGGACAGAAGAUUAAUGCUGGUAUAACUGACCUCAUUGAUGUUGAGUUCGAUGUUCAGAGACGCAAACGUUCAUUUCCUAACUGAUGCAGUAAGCAAGAAACUAUGAGGUGCAAAUCAUUCCAGAGCUCAUGUGGUUGCAUGCCCAAGCAAACUGUACUUUCAUAAUCUUUGUUGUGAUAUGUAUCUUUGCGCCUAUGGAUGUAGGAUUAAGCUCCCAAUUGCUGCAAUAUGUUGUAGAAAGGCUAUGAUGUUGCUGUAUAAUAGACUGUCAAGGACUGAAGGUCCAUUAUUCCUCCCAGAUUCGUGGAUACUUCCAUAUAAAGGCUCUCUCUAAGGUCCAAUAGACUGUCAAGGCCCAAUAGUUUGAGUAUAUGCUAUUGAACAACUACUGGAUUCACAGUACGCCUCUCAUACGAGAGGUUGACACACAGGUCCAGGGUGUCUGAAGCAUCACUGGCAUAUAGUCGUUUUGUUCAGUGACAGAUAAGCAACCUUUUACUAUCAGCCACAUAUUGUGCUUAUUCUGUGUAUGUGGAGACCUUCUCCAGACUUUAUGUAAAGUAUAGGACCAUCGAAUUGUACAUGCCAACCCUCAGAAAAAUUGUACAUGCAAGUUUUUUUUUUUUGGUGGAUGGAAUUGUGAAGACUGCAUUACGUCGUGGAAGCGAGCGAUUCACCAGCCAGCAAAGGCAUUGCAAGGAACAGGGUGAAUUGUGCCAGAAUAUGCACACACCCUGUUCCAUUGUCACAUCAUGGACAUCCAUAUCGUGGGCAACGACUUAAUUUGUGGUUGCUAGAAUCUGUUGUGUUGAACUUUGUAAACUUCUGCAAGAAAGUAGUUGUGGAGAAGUUAGCAUUCUGUUUGCAAAUUUUGUUAACCUAUUGACAAAGUUGUGAGGUUGGUCUGCAUGAUUGUCUGCACCAAUUUGGGGUAACCUUUCACAACAUAGUACAGGUUGGAAUUAUUCUUGCUCUUGAGGUUGUUUCUGUUGGCC